AGCUAAAGAGUGGGAUUUUGCACGAUUUGGCAAUAUUGCCGGUUAGUGAGAUUGUUUUUAUUUUAUUUUAUUAAUAAUUUUCGUUAGUAUCGGUUCGGUGGCAUAAAUAAUUUAGUCGGUGUUUAUUCAUUUUUAUCUAAGUAGAAAGUAUCAAAAUGAGGGUUCUUCAAGCAGCCAAGCACACAUUAACAAAAAUUAAUAAAUUGCCAAACUUGGCUCAGUUUUCUAGUGCUGCCCAAGUUAAACCAGAAGUUACACCGAAUGUAUUGUAUACUGGAGUCUUCAUCAAUAAUGAAUGGCACAAAUCAAAGUCAGGCGCCACAUUUCAGACAAUCAAUCCAUCAAAUGGACAAGUCAUUGCAGAAGUACAGCGUGGCUCUCAAGCCGAUAUUGAUAUAGCGGUAGACGCUGCAAAUGAAGCCUUCCGUCUACAUUCACCAUGGAGAAUCUUAGAUGCUUCAGAAAGAGGCAGACUUUUAUAUAAGUUGUCCGACUUGAUUGAAAGAGAUGCCGCAUAUAUUGCUAGCUUAGAAACUCUGGAUAAUGGAAAACCAUUCAAUCAAUCCUAUCCAGUCGAUGUUAUUGGAUCCAUCAAAGUUUUGAGGUAUAUGGCCGGAUGGGCCGACAAAAAUCAUGGAAAAACUAUCCCCAUGGACGGAAAUUUCUUCGCAUACACCAGACACGAACCUGUGGGAGUGUGCGGUCAAAUUAUCCCGUGGAAUUUCCCGUUGCUUAUGAUGGCGUGGAAAAUUGGACCCGCUCUUGCAUUAGGAAACACUGUCGUACUGAAACCAGCUGAGCAAACACCUUUAACUUCCUUGUACGUAGCUCAGUUGGCUAAAGAAGCUGGAUUCCCUGCAGGUGUUCUUAAUGUCGUUCCUGGUUAUGGUGAUGCUGGUGCAGCUUUGGUCGCUAACCUCAACGUCGAUAAAAUUGCUUUCACCGGAUCCACGCAAGUCGGAAAGUUGAUCCAACAAAACUCCGGAGUUGGUAAUUUGAAACGUGUCACUCUUGAAUUGGGUGGUAAGAGUCCUAACAUUAUCUUAGCUGAUGUUGAUAUUGAAAAGGCUGUAGAGCAGGCUCAUCAAGCUGUUUAUUUCAAUCAAGGACAAGUGUGCUGUGCUGGUACUCGCACCUUUAUUGAAGAGUCGAUUUACGACGAGUUUGUUGAGAGAUCAGUGGAAAGAGCAAAGAAACGUAGAGUUGGAGAUCCAUUCCAUCCAGAAACUGAACAAGGACCUCAGGUUGAUGAAGAGCAAAUGAAUAAAAUUUUGGGAUUAAUUCAAGAAGGUGUAUCGCAGGGAGCUAAACUGGUUCAUGGUGGUCAAAGACAUGGCAAUGAAGGAUAUUUUGUACAACCGACAGUGUUUGCUGAUGUUGAAGAUCACCACGUUAUAGCCAGAGAAGAGAUUUUUGGCCCUGUCCAGCAAUUGUUGAAAUUCAAAAACUUGGAUGAACUUAUCGUGCGUGCCAAUACUACAAACUAUGGUCUUGCAUCAGCCAUUUUCUCCAAAGAUAUUGAUAAGAUUAACUAUCUGGCUCAGGGUAUUAAAGCUGGAACAGUUUGGGUGAAUUGCUACAAUGUUUUAACUGCACAAACACCAUUUGGAGGAUACAAGGACUCUGGCCAUGGAAGAGAAAUGGGAGAAUAUGGAUUGAAUCAAUACACAGAAGUUAAAACUGUUAUUGUAUCACAGUUGCAAAAGAAUUCAUAAAAAAACAGACGAGUUUUACACAUAAGCAAGAAAAUACAUAUAUUAUAAUUUUUAAACGAGUUUUUUGAAUUGUUCGUUGUGCGUAUAUUGUUAGGCUUACAUUUGUAUAAUAAUAUUUUUUUACUGUUUUAAUAUUUAAGUGUUUUAUCUGAUUUAUUUUCUAAACUUAUCUGAUGUUUUUCAAUAAAAGUUGUCAGUCAUU